AUGGAGACCCCGGUCAGAACAUCCCGGCGCGGCGCAGCCACCCCAGACCGCUCCCCCAAGCGAGACCCGGCCCGCCCCCCGCCCAGCCCACCGCGCAACACCCCCCACCCCGGCCUCGCGAUGACCCUACCCCCCCACGCCCAGCCCACACCCCAGACCGAUCCCACUGAGACCAUGUCCCAGCAACACCCGCAACGCCCCGCCGACACCACGCCCAGCCCCACAACACCACCUACAGGCCCCAGCGAACCCCUGGCCUUCGGCCCCACGGCAACACCCCAGACCGCCCCGCGAACCGCUGCCCCUUGCACAUACCCCAGACCGUGCCUCGCGAACCCCAGAACCGCCCCGGCCCCGGCAAACACCCAGACCGCCGGCAGAAACCCCAACACCGGCCCUUCGCCCCGCAACCCUCGAACCUCCCUUUUCCAUUUCCUGCUCGUAGGCAUAGGGCUGGACUCCUGUGUCAUUCCGCUCAGGCAUGGGGGUCUCUCCCUUGUGCAGACCACAGACUUCUUCUAUCCACUGGUUGAGGAUCCCUACAUGAUGGGCCGCAUCGCCUGUGCCAAUGUGCUGAGUGAUCUCUAUGCCAUGGGCAUCACCGAGUGCGACAACAUGCUGAUGCUGCUGAGUGUCAGCCAGAAAAUGACGGAUGAGGAGCGUGAAAAGAUUAUGCCACUGAUCAUCAAAGGCUUCCGGGAUGCGGCGGAGGAUGGCGGGACGUCAGUGACAGGCGGGCAGACUGUGUUGAAUCCCUGGAUCAUCGUCGGGGGCGUUGCUACUGUGGUGUGCCAGCCCAACGAAUUCAUCAUGCCAGACAGUGCAGUUCCUGGAGAUGUGCUGGUGCUGACCAAGCCGCUGGGCACGCAGGUGGCUGUCAACGCUCAUCAGUGGCUGGAUAAUCCCGACAGGUGGAAUAAGAUUAAGCUGGUAGUGUCCAAAGAGGAUGUGGAGCUGGCCUACCAGGAAGCCAUGUUCAGUAUGGCCAUGCUGAACAGGACAGCUGCCAGUUUGAUGCACACUUUCAAUGCUCACGCUGCCACCGACAUCACGGGCUUUGGGAUCUUGGGCCAUGCACAAAACCUGGCCAAGCAGCAGCGCAGCGAGGUGUCUUUUGUCAUCCACAACUUGCCCAUCAUCGCCAAGAUGGCUGCCAUCAGCAAGGCCUGCGGGAAUCGUUUUGGGCUGCUGCAGGGGACAUCCCCAGAGACAUCAGGAGGGCUGCUAAUCUGCUUGCCCCGGGAACAGGCUGCCCGCUUCUGUGCUGAAAUCAAGUCUCCCAAAUACGGGGAGGGGCACCAGGCCUGGAUCAUCGGCAUUGUGGAGAAGGGGAACCAGACUGCGCGCAUCAUUGACAAGCCGCGCAUCAUCGAAGUGAUGCCCCGGGGCGCCACGGCCUCCCCCCAGGACAACAACUCAAGCACCAGCCCUGAAGCGGCCUCGUGAGAUGGCAGACCCUCCUUCCUUUGGACACUAUAGGCCUCUGCCCGCAGACGCAGGGCUGGCUGGGUGUCUUGACUUUGGGAAUGGGAAUCACAGAAUCAUAGGACAUCUAAUCCAGUCCUCUGCACUUAUGGCAGGAAUGCGCUAUACCAUCCUUCCCUUGAGAUCUGUGCUCUUCUCACGGUGCAGCAGGUGUUGAUCUUUCUCCCCAACUCAGAGAAGCACCAUGAUCAAACGGCUCCCCUUCCCAAGGUCAGGGUGGCUGAGGCGAGGCCCUUACAAACUGCCUGAGCUGAGUGUCACGCGAUGCAGCCUCCUCCACAGACUGAUUCAGGGGGUUAAUAUGGCUGAUUGAUUCCUGCAGAUGAAAUAAAUUAGUUAUUUAUUAAGGAUAAAUGCAGAUAAUGCAGAGCAGCAGGUAAUUUCUAUCUGGAAUUAUUUAUUGGAAUAUUUUGACAAGCUCUCAGGCUCCCCCAGCCUUUGUUCAGACUGAGCAGCUAGUAUAAAGGCUGGGAGGGUUGGUAUAAGCCAUGUGGCUGGGCAUAUGCCUUUCCUCUCUUUAAUGAAGCUCUUCCCCUUAAACCCACCCUGGGGCUAGGAGGAGUCGAGGACCCCCAGAGGGCAGGGCACGAGCUCAGCCAGGUGGAUUGCUUCUUGGGUUGUAAAUUCCUGGUGAUUGAUUGAAUAAAUACCAAUUUCUAUA